AUGAAGACAUUGUCGGAUAGCGAGCUUCAAAGCCUAGCAGGCGAUUACUUCGCGCCCACUGGGUUGUAUCAACACCUCAAGAAACUGCCAUUCCUCGGAAGAUUAGAUUGCAACAUCUCGUCACUUACUGCGGGGGAAUGGACGGAGCUUAUUGUCGAGUAUGUCGUAGGGUCCAGCGGGCUCGCCGACGGCGCUUGGAUUAAAGGAACAUUCAAGUUCUACUCGGACUGGGCUCUAUUCCAGACAUCCGACCCGAAACGAGACAAUUACGUUUCCGCAGAACACACUCCUGGUCCGUUGCAUCCUGGCCAGACACCGGCAACAGUCCAGUCGCUCUAUGUUCGUUUCGAUCAGAAGGGUCACGAGAGGCCUUUUCAGAAGGCCAUCAUCAUCGAUAUUGUCGACGGUUACAUGAAUCCGGGUGACAAAAUCACCGUUCGCAUCGGCGACAGAAGAUGGGGGUCCCGUGGGACACGAGCGCAGACGUUCGUAGAGGACAGCUUUCUGAUGAGAUGGUACAUCGACCCCGUUGGCACUUCCAGAUUUGCGCCCAUCAAACCCGACGUCACUUUUCCCAUCAAGCCUGGACCUAUUUCCAGGGUCAAAAUUGUUACCCCUCGGCUUGUUUCCAGGGGUUCGUCAUUUCCUGUGCAUAUUCACACUGAAGACAAAUGGGGGAAUGUAACGGCGGAUGUGAAUGGACUGAGUGUACGACUUACAACCAAGGCCUGUGGCUUUCCUGUGGGCCCGCAAGAAAGGCAUUUCGACUUUCCGAAUACCGGCUGGACGACCGUCAGCGAAACGAUAUCUCUCGAAUCGGAUGGAGAUUACGAGAUAUCUGCAGAGGUUCGAGAUCACGCCGGCUUAGUGAUUGUCGAAGCGACUGAGUUCAUCACCGUGGACACCUCCCUUGCGAUUUCUCGGCCAUAUUUCGCGGAUCUUCAUGUUCAUUCCGAUGAUACAGUGGGCACCAACUCGACCACCUACAAUUUCUCAUAUGCCCGUGAAAUUGCAGGCCUAGAUAUUGUUGGGUAUACCGCAAAUGAUUUCAAUAUUACGAAGGAGCGUUGGCAGAAAACACUUGCGAUCAUCAAGCAGAUUAACUGUCCGGGUGAGUUCGUUGUUUUCCCGGGGACAGAAUGGUGCGGCAAUUCAGCCGUGGGAGGUGAUCAUAAUGUUGUUUUCUUGGAUGAUCCGAGCACGACAGAUCCGGAGUUCCCAGUAGACAAACGUGGGAACGUGGUCAGAAGCUUCGAGUGGAAUGAAGACGGACCUUCGGAGCUGGUACCCGGCGCCUGGCCACUCGAUGAGGUAUACGCUACCUAUGCUCAAUCGGCAGAUCAGCACUUGAUGAUUCCACACGUAGGGGGUCGCAGGUGCAAUCUGGCAUGGCAUCACCCUCGUUUGGAGCGCCUCGUGGAGAUCGGUAGUGCAUGGGGAUUAUUCGAGUGGCUCCUACGAGAUGCCGUUGCGCGUGGCUGGGAAGUAGGUGUCUCAGCCAACUCCGACGAACACCGAGGGCGAUGUGGUGGCGGUGUGCCUGGAACUGCGGUCUUCGGUACCAAAGGUGGUUUGACCGGCGUCGUGGCGCCGAACCUGCACCGCCGUGAAGUUGCGAUAGCUCUUCGAGCCCGAAGAACAUUUGCGACUACAGGAGAGCGACUAGUCGGUCUAGCCAGUACAAGCCAAGGCCAUCUACAGGGCGAUGACGUGGACAUCAAGAGUGGUCAACCCAUUGAAGUUCGAUACCGAUUCUUCGGGUCGAAUGGAUUUUCCACUAUAGAAGCAUGGGACAACAAUGGCCGGCUUUUCUGCAGGGACAUCCAAGAAGAAUCUUCUCGUCGCGCACCAGAAUCAACGCGACGAAAACUCCGCGUCAAAUGGGGUGGUGCGAGAGUUUUUGACAGAUAUCGAGAGGCCACUUGGCAUGGUUCAGUCAUCGUUUCAGGAACUCCCAUUUCACACGUCAAGCCAUUUGGAGGCGUUCUAGACAACCCAGAAGACACGAUCAAACUCACCUCUCAAACACAGAUAUUAUUUGACACGCGCACCAGCGGCGAUUUUGACGGCGUUGAUAUCUUCUUGGAGGAUGACCAGUAUCCGCAUUCAAUCAGGAUUUCUGGACAGCUUGGGGGAUAUGUCAAAGUUGGGGAUAUCCUAACAGGGAAUCCUCACAGCCCCCAACCCAAGUUCGACAUAGUCGUGAAAGGAGAUGAACUGAGAAGCCAGGGGGGGAAGAGCGUGGAGAUACAGGGCGGCGUGGAGCUCUUUGUGGCUGUUGAGAGUUUAUUGGACGUGCCUCUUCCUCGAAGGGUUGAGGGGGAAAUCACAAUAUCGCCGGAGUUGCAAGGGGAGAUACGUAGUUAUGCUGUAUACUUUGUAGGUCGGGAACACACGGGCGCAAAAGUGAUAACCAGCCCCAUGUUUUUCAAGCCGUAUUAA